AAUGCUGUUGCUGAAAUGGAAAUAAUUUUUAAUGUAACAACUUGUUUCUUGCUUCUGCUUAUCAAACUUGUGAUUUUUCUAAUCAAUAGCUUACGUUCUUGUUUUCAGACAAAUCUACCUAUCUUCAAAUUGAAAGAAUCUACAGUCAGAAGAAGAUACAGUGACUUUGAAUGGCUAAGGAAUGAACUAGAAAGAGAAAGCAAGGUUGUGGUACCACCUCUACCAGGAAAAGCUCUUCUUCGUCAGCUCCCCUUCCGAGGAGAUGAUGGCAUAUUUGAUGAUUCCUUUAUAGAGGAAAGGAAGCAGGCUCUUGAACAAUUCAUAAACAAGGUUGCGGGCCACCCACUGGCACAGAAUGAGCGCUGUCUUCACAUGUUCUUGCAAGAUGAAGUAAUAGACAAAAACUACACACCAUCCAAAAUAAGACAUACUUGAGUUCUGAAAACAUCUUUUCUCAAACAUUAGUGGUUCUUAUGCUUGGUUUUAAGAGGUUGUAGUUUGUCUUAGCAUGCUGAGGAUAAACAGGCACGAAGUCUCCACUAACAUCAGUACACUGCUUGGUCUUUGCAUAUGCUUUAUAGCAUUAAAGAACUCACUUGUCUUCUAGCUAAAUCUCUCUGACUCCUUGAUUUAAGAGUAUUACACUGAGACCAUCCACCCCUUGCAAUGUCUCACAAACUUUUCCACUCUUAUUUGCAAUGACUUAACAAUGUUUACUGACUUGGCCUUACUUGAACUUGCACAGUUGUAGUGUCACGUGUUCACUUGUAUUUGACUAAACUGCUAUGCUGUUUCUGAGGUAGUCAUCUGUCUGAACUUCUGUAGAAAGACUGCUUUCUCUCUGAUACCCUGUGUGAGAAACACUUAUGCAAUUGUCUUCAAGCUUGUAAAACACUUUAUACCGAAGUAAUGAGGGAAUUAUCUUUAUAUUCUGUAAGAGGGGAAAAAAAAAUCAAAUUUAUAUACUAAAGUAACUUGUCUAAAGUUUUGAAAUAAAAGUGAAAAUGCACUUCGAAUGUUUUGUCACUCUUGACCUUGACUGUGGGUUAUCUCAGGCUUUCUGAGAAGCAGGAACUUGACUAUACUAAGUGAACUGGUGUUUCAGCCUUGCUGUGAUGCUCUUCUGCAGCAUAGUCUUAUGUUACUAACAGCCAGCACUAAAUAUCCUUAGAUGCUGGCAAUCACUGUUCAAGUGUUAAAGAACAUACAAAGGUAUUGAAGGCUGUUCCUGUGUUGUGGAGCCAAAGCUGGAACCCCAUUCAUGGUAGGCAGUCAACAGCUCUGUGGCUUCAGUAUGUUUGGGAAAAGUACCAUUCCACUUGGCAUGAGAAGCAUUGAUCUAGCUUCAACUAGGAAGUGAAAAUUAUACCAUUCUACAGAGAAAGGAACGUUGAUAUAACCUGUAAUAUAUAACUUCAGUCCUAGGUUAAAGUAGCUCUGCACUACAAAUACAAUUAGGAACAUGAAGUCAUAAAAGCCUGCUAUAAGAUGUGGUCAUAGGCCACUUCUCUGAAUAUUAAAGGAAGGGGAAGCUGUAGCAUUGUGCUUCUAUGACCACUGGUGAAAUGCAGGUGGCUGAUGCCUGAACUGCAGUUCACAAGCAACACUGCUGGUCUUUCUCACUAGAUGCUUCUAUGGCUGGAGAAGUUUCCUUAGUUUUCCUUAGUUUCCCUCCCAGCUGUGAUGUGGGAGUUACCUAUCCAGAUGGUCUUGAAAACAGAUUCAAGAACAUUCUAGUAGCAAUCUGAUCCAGUAGUUUGUGCUAUUUUGUAAGAGUACUUGUUGGCUUAGGCUUGGCUCUGCUGCUUUUUCCUUCUUACAAUAUUCUUUAUCGCUGUUGAGAACAUUCUACAAACUUACUGGCAAUGUUACUAGUUUAUUUUAACUAAGACUAUUAACUUCAUUUAUGGAAAUCUGGAUGUAAAAGAUUGAACUGACAAAAUGGUGGUGGCUGACUGGAUUAUAUGUGGUACUAGUGACUAGCUACACCAAAUAGUUAGAUGCUCAAAUAACUGCUCUUUCCCCCUCAUACUUACAAAGACCGUCCUCUUCAUGAAACGAAGGACCAAAACUACCAGAGCCCACUUGCAGCCCAGAGCUGUCCAGCUUUUCAACACAGUCUACCUUUUCAAGAAGUUUGAUAAUGUAAAAUCAAUUCUAAAAGUCCCUGUGCUUGUUGAAUCACACUUAGAAGUUGAGUUACUCUUGGAAAUGGGGAAAGGGCUAAAUGUAGAUGAAGUUUAACUAUUUAGGUUUAGAUGCGUAGUAAAGUGGUUUUUUUCUUUUCUCAAAUGUUCUUUUCUGAGAGAAGCUUCUUUCAGAAAUCUGAGUAAAUGCCUCAUCUUAUCCCUAAAAGAUGGUGGCACAAUCUAUAUCAUCUGUUGCAGAUGAAAAGAAUUAAGCUGAAGAGGGAAAAGCUGCAUGCCUGAUGUCAAAGUAUACCUAUUUCUAAAGUGAGGACUUUGCAGUGUUAACCUCUGAAGUUGAUAGUAUGUCUGGGAUUUCACCUGGCCUUCAGUUCUUCAGGGCUAACUAGAGACCUUAAUUCUAGCAUAGCAUUAACUGAUUCUGCUUCUGUACAACCUGCAGUGCUGGGAGGAAGACAUGGCCUGAGAUCAGCUGUGCCUGAACCACAGGGAUCUGGGCGUUGUUCCCAGCUUGUGAGCCUGCUCUGCAGCUGGGCUGGGUCCUGUGGGUAAGAGGAUGAGAUGCGAGCAUGCACCCCUUGCCCUGCCUGCUUUGCAACUGGGAGAAAGCCAGUACACUCUGUUGUGUCCCCUGGCCUGGGUGGUGUAGGGACUGGGGCUGCAGCACGCUGCAGAGUGCGGUUGCCUUGCAGCAUGGAUGCAGGUCCAGGGUAGCAGCACGAAUCUAAUUGAAAUGAGUGUCCUGUUGUGGGUUCUGCACAGUAGUGAGUUCAAUUUCUUUAGCUCAUAAACUGAAUUGUUGCAGAGUGGAGAGCCACAACUGAUUUUCUGCCCUGUCCAGCUCUUCUUAGUGUAGAGAGCAGAAAACGGUUUAAGGUUAUGACAGGUGCAAUAAGAAUGCUUUAUACAGUGUUUGUUGGUUUCUUUCUAAGAAUGUGCUAUGCCCUGUGGUAAAUGCGUUCUCAGGUGCUCCAUGGUAGUUUGUAUAUAAAAUGUUUCAAAGUCCUGUAGUCCAUGCUUUGUCUCACCCGACUCAUUAAAAGAAUGGUCUUGUAUACUUCAUGGUCUGGCUGUCUUGGAUAGGGCACAAUGUGAGACCUAGCAAACUGCACAAACGGAAGGGGUGUGUGUAAAAAUUUUGACCUCUGAAACGCGUGAGAUUUUUGUGCUUGGAGUCAAUGGAGCUAGGAUUUCACUUGUGAUCUGUAUUCUUUGACACUGAAAACCAAUGAGCCGUUGAUAUACACUGUACAUUUCCACCUGUCAUUUUAGUGUGCAUGACUCUUCGGUCACUCAUUGCCGUAUGAACAAUCUGUUAUAUUUCCUUUCGCCCAUUGCCAACUUGUUCCUGUGCAUUGGGAGUUGCUUACCUCUUUCUUUGGUGUGAUUACACAAUCGGACACCUUAAUAAAACCUCAGAAUCUUUUUAAUUGAAGCAGUGUUUUUGUACUCAUCACCCUUUGUUAGCUGCACAAUUCACUGAUAUUAAAAAUUGUAAUAAAGUGAAACAGAAGACUUACCCAAGGUUUGACCUCUGAUCUGUUUAGUGUUGUGUCUUAGAAAAAGCUCUGUGCCAGCUCCUAGAGAAGGAAACCUUGCAGCAGGUAUAUAUUUGAGUUACAGAAAACAGCUCUAUGCUGGACCUCAAAGUCCCUUUGCCCCAAGGCAGGAUCACCUAAGCUAUUCCUUAGAUGUUUGUCUAACCUGUUCUUUAAAACUUCUGAUGACAGAGACUCCACAGCAUCCAAGGCAAUCCAUUUUAGUGGAGAAUAUUUCUGUUCCCUGGUAAGUAGGGUACAGUGGAAGAAACUAAUCCAGAAAUAGAAGGACAAGCAUUAAAAGAAUGGUGGAAAGUAAUUUAAAUUCAAUAUAUUUUUAUUCUUUGUAAAUACAAUGAGUACAACUUUUUAACUUCACAAAUCAGUUAAUCCACUUUGUACAGGAAAAGUUUUACUCAUUCUAUGAUAGUCCAAGUGCUGAUUUUUCUCAGUGCUAGUUCCUAAUAACAAAUCAAAUUUUGAAAAGUACAGCAGCUAUCUUUAAAUGUUUUUUCUACAUUUUUCAUACAUCAAAUAAGCAGCUUAUAACGUUUUUGUGUGUGAGAGGGUGUAGGCGAACAAGGCUUCAAAAUUAGAACCUGGAGUUUUCUAAAAAGGC